UUUUGGUGCUUAUCAUGUCAGGAACAAGGAGCAAACUAUUAGCCUUCCUGCAAGUUUUACUACUUGCAUGUUCACUCACUAGAUCCCAAUUUCCUCCAUCUAAAGAUACUUGCUGCAACCUAGACAGCCGUUUUGGAGAAUUCUGCCCAACAACCUGUGGCGUCUUUAAUUUCUUGAGCAAACACCGAGGGACAACUGAUUAUCAAUUAAGUGUACUAGAAAAGAGUUUGCAAGCCAUUGAAAAUGCAACCACUUUAACACGAAGACAGAUGGAGACUAUUGAACAAUCCAAUGUAGUCAUAAAGAAACAACUGCCAGACACAUUCAUCAAAAGGAUUCGGGACAUCCAGACAGACAUUUUCAGAUUUGAGAGAGUCAGCGAAGACAAGAACGUCGAAUUGCGUGAAAUAGAAAGCAUACUGUCAUCGAACCGCGAAGUAAUAAGUCGCUUGAAGAGAACGACUCAAGAACUUCACGCACGGUGUGGAAAGACGUGUCGAGACACUAUAGAAAUCUUUGAAGUCACAGGUCGAGACUGUCAGGAAAUUGCUGACAAGGGGGCUCGAAAAAGUGGUCUUUACUAUAUCAAGCCUGAUAGAACCAAACAGCAAUUCUUAGUGUAUUGUGAGAUAGACUCAGCAGGGAGAGGAUGGACAGUGCUGCAAAGGAGACUCGAUGGCAGUGUGAACUUUUACAAGAACUGGGUUCAGUACAAAGAAGGCUUUGGAUACUUGUCACCUGCUGAUAGGACUGAGUUCUGGCUUGGCAAUGAGAAGAUGCAUUUAUUAACUAUGCAGCAGCACAGACCCUAUCUACUCAAAAUAACGCUAAAGGACUGGAGUGGUGAGGAAAGUUAUGCUUUUUACAAUGGAUUUAAAGUGGCCAGCGAGGAAGAGGGCUAUCGCUUGAUCUACAGCUUCUUUGACAGGGGAAGCGCAGGAAAUGCCUUUGAAGGCUUUGCCUUCAAAGAAGAUGUGAGUGACAAAUUCUACACUAGGAUCAAUGGAAUGAAGUUCAGCACAGCCGACCAGGAUAAUGAUGCGUACGAUGGGAACUGUGCUCUACAGGAUACAUCCGGUUGGUGGAUGAACAAAUGCCAUGCUGCAAACCUUAACGGCAACUACUACCAAGGUGGACACUACACAGCUGACCAGACUCCCAGUGGGUUUGACAAUGGCAUUAUCUGGGCAACAUGGCGGGACCGCUGGUACUCUCUCAAAGAAACCACAAUGAAAAUCAUACCAAUCAGGAGAUACUCAGAACUACAGCACCUUGAACAAGAACAGACACAAGAUAUGCCAAGGGGCGACAAUUAGUAAAAGAAUGGCUCCCAUCCCAUCGAAGAAAUACAUUUUGAUUUCUCCUUGAUGAUUGAUAGCAGUAGAACUUGCAUCUGAAAUAAGCUGAUUCAUGAGUGAAUGUGUACUGCUCACAGUAUAAGGGAAUAAUCACAAUUCCCCUUUCAAAUGUAUUUUCUUUGGAUGCCAUUAUUAUUAAAGUAAGUUUGUUUCUCCU